CCAGGCCUCUCGUCUCUCCCUGGCUGGGGAGUCUUCUAGAAGGGGGCCCCUCCUGACCACCAUGAAAGGGUUAGGAGCCAACCGCAAUCGCUCUGACUCCUGCGACCCCACCCAGGGCCCUCCGGAGCCCUUGUACCCCCACCAGGCCUCCACACUGCCUCGGAGUCCCUACCUUCUCAGCCCCACCAGCAUGGACCACUACGGCACCAUGGACCCGCACCACUACAACCCCUCUGUGGACCACCACUACAAUCAGGGCUCCCUGCCCCCUGACUACUCUCUCCCCCUCAACAACCAGCUGUCCAACAGCAGCACCUUCCCCCGCAUCCAUUACAACGCCCACUACGACCCGUCCGACUUCUCCCCGCCACAGGGGGACAGCAUCGGGGGCAUUAGCACGGGAACCCUGGGCACCUCCAUGUCCAUGGGCAUGGGAAUGGGCAUAGGGAUGCAUGGCUCGAGUGGCAUGGGGGGCCUGCAGAGCAGUCGGGGGCCCAUGAUCACCAGUGGCUCUGCCACCAUCUCCGGCGGGGCCAAGAUGAACCGACAGCUGGCGCCUAACUUGCUGGACCAGUUGGACAAGCAGCUGCCUGGGGGGCCCAGAGAUGGCUUCAGCACACUGCAGUUCCACCGGAGUACAUCGGCCGCCCUCUCCGCCGCCUCCAAGCAGCGCAACGACAGCCCCGGGCGCAUCCGUAACCUGGUGUGCUCUGUCCAGAAGCUCUUCGCCAAGUCACAGUCCAUGGAUGGCCACAACCUCAAGGGUGUCAAUGGGCGUUCGGGGGCAGGAAGUGGCAGCGGCGGGACCUCAUCCGGGACUGAGGAUGGUGGGAAGCGGGACCAGCGAGCAAAGAGCAAAGACCGGGGCGGGUCCAAGUCAGACGGGGGUGGGACGGGCAAGCGGCGGCCGCGCUCCAACAUGUCGGGCUAUUGGAGCUCGGACGACCUGGACAGUGCUGACCUCAGCAACUACCGCAACCCCAUAGCCAUGACACUGGGACGACCAACAGCGCAUGCCACCCAGCACACCACCCACGGUACUGCCUACGAUUCCCAGCAGGGGGCACUACAGCAGCAGCAGGGGCACCAGAGCCGCUACAUGGUCCACAGCGGAUACAACACCAUCAGCUCAUCCAAGAGCCACAACGAGGUCAUAAAGUAUCAACAGGCACUGCCAGGACCUGGGGGCGGAGGUGGGGGCGGAGGAGGUGGGAUCAGCAUGGGGGUGAACAGUAAUGACUUUAUGAAGGGGGGUUCGUGGUCGACACUGACCCUGGGUCAGCCCAGACAGGUGCUGCAGAAGGGCCACUCGGCCACCCUGGACCGGUCCAUGCUCAAGUCCAAGUCGUGCCAGCAGGAGCUGGCCUGCAACUACCUGCAAGUGGGCCGACAGGGGGACUGGAGUAACACGCUGGGUCGCAGCGGUGGAGUAGCCGGAGCCAACGAGAUCCCAUGCAGGCGCAUGCGGAGUGGCAGCUACGUAAAGGCCAUGGGUGACCUGGAGGACAGCGACGACUCAGACGUCAGCAUCAAGCCCUCGCCCAAAAUGGCCGCCCGCCGCCAGAGCUACCUCAGGGCCACCCAGCAGUCUCUGAGCGACCAGCUACCGUCACGCAAGAGCAGCAGAGCCCUGGAUUACGCCAUGCUGCAGGGGGAGCUGGAGGCACUGUGGUCACCUCUGCACAGUGUGUCCUCUCUGCACCAACUGGGCAGCUGUCUUCCCUCUCUGAGAGAGCUGUCCACCAACCGUAGCCUGGACAACCUGGACUGUCUGGGGGGUCCGGUGGGGGGCUCCCUGUUCCCCCGCUGGGAUGAUGAGGACUUCAGCCAGGGUGGCGGAUGCAGCACCCUGGGGAGGAGCAGCUGCAUUAGCCAGCUACGAGACUUGGAGAUGUUGAGCCAACGCUACGAGGAUAGCUGCGCCGAGUCGUCAUUCCGAGAUUCCCACACACUCUCGCGCUCCCAUUCCCAGGCAGUGGAGCCUCCCGAUCUACCCAUGCCCACGUGCUUCCGAUCUCGUAGCCAUAGCUACCUGCGGGCCAUCCAGGCCGGAUGCUCGCAGGAUGACGACACUGCUUCUGUGGACUCGGAUUCGCCGCCGCCAACCGCCACUACUGUUCGUACCUACAGCACCAGCACUGUCUCCACAUGCAUCACCACCUGUAAGAAGCCGGCGCCCCCGCCCGUGCCGCCCCGCACCACCUCCAAGCCCUACAUCUCGGUGACGGUGCAGAGCAGCACAGAGUCGGCCCAGGACACCUACCUGGACCACCAGUCUGAGCGCGACCGUCGCAGCGAGACCAUCACUAGCCAGUCUAGCCAGGCACACAGCAAUUCCUCCGACAGCCUCGACAGCACGCGCGCCAACAGCCUGGCUCGUGGUGUCCCUCGGCCUAUCCCCAUGCCCGUCGCCAUCCACCGGGAGCCCCUCGCCACCACCGUCCACCACGCCACCACCGGGACUGACAGCAAUGACUCCCAGCAUGAACCCCUGAGGACAGGCGGCAGCAGAGGGAGCCUGGCAGCAGAGGAGCCACGAGCGGACAUCGUGCCCCGGAGAAAGCUCUCCUCCAUAGGGAUACAGGUUGACUGCAUUCAGGAGGAAGUCCAGCGAGAGGAGACACCGCCACCGCCAUUGGCCAGAUUCCAGUCAAUCGGAAUCCAGGCGGACGACGGCUGGCACAGUCGCUCUAGUAGCAUGGCCUCCAAGCAGGAGACAGACUCUGACACACAGGACCUCCCCAUCAACUCGCACGCCAACUCCCACGCCAAGCCCGCCGCCGAGAAGAAGAGCAUGGUCAACAGCGCCUGCCAAUCCACGGCCUCGCCCCCGUGCAGCGGCCAGGUCAGCAAGGGCAACGGAUCGAAUCCCACCGUUGACACCAGUACGUCGCCACCUCCGCUUCGGCAGAUCCUCAACCGCUCCACCACACGGUCCGACUCCUCCGACUCCUUCUCCGAGAGCAUGGACCCGGCCCUGGACCCCUCAUCCCUGCCCCCUCCGGACCCCUGGCUGGAGAGCGGGAACGGAAAUAGCGGCAGCGGGAACCCUAACGCGGUGCCCCCUCCAGGCCCUGCCUGCCGGCGGGACGGCCACUGGUUCCUCAAGCUGCUGCAGGCGGAGACGGGCCGCAUGGAGGGCUGGUGCCAGCAGAUGGAGCAAGAGACCAAAGACAACCGACUCUCAGAGGAGGUGUUGGGGAAGGUCCGCAGUGCAGUGGGCAGUGCUCAGCUCCUCAUGACCAAGAAAUUUGAGCAGUUCAGAGGGCUGUGUGAACAAAACUUGAAUGUGAACGCCAACCCACGGCCCACAGCCCAGGACCUGGCGGGCUUCUGGGACCUGCUGCAGCUCUCCAUCGAGGACAUCAGCCUCAAAUUUGACGAGCUCUACCAACUCAAGUCCAGCGACUGGCAGUCCCCUGUCGUGGCCCACUCGCCCCCGAGCGGAAGGUACUUCCCACCCCUGCUGCCCAGUGCCCAGACUGGGCACCAGGAGGACAAGAAAGAGGCCCCUCCUCCAGUGCCAAAGAAGCCCGGUAAGGGGAGGCCGGUGCUGGGCCGCGAGAAGAGCGCCGACUCCGCCUCGUCCACCUCUUCGGCGGAGAAGCAGCGGACGGAGGCCCGCAAGCGCCUACUGGCCGCCAAGAGGGCCGCCUCGGUCCGGCAGAACUCGGCCACGGAGAGCGCCGACAGCAUCGAGAUCUAUGUCCCUGAGGCCCAGACUCGCCUCUAAGAGAGAGAGAGAGAGAGAGAGAGAGAGAGAAACUGGGAUGGAGGAAGGGAUGAUG